GCAAGUUGCAACAGGAACUCAACUUCCUAAAGCUCAUCUCAGAGGAACCCGCAUUAAAGCCGUGCAAUAAUUCAGCGCUGCCGCUCACAGCGACGGAACGGAUAUCUGCAUGUGUUUUGCGAGGAGUCCGGAUCUCCCCUGCCAAGCCUUACGUUAUAAUCUAUGGGGCGAGGACGGGCACAAUUGACGUCAAACAUUAAGAAAAUCAGCACUGCAAAUGGGUUUUCAAAGUCCUGCACUAUUUGUAAUAUCAGGUAGUUUAUUAAGCUGCUUGUAAAGCGUCAUUUCCAAGUUUAGUAUGAGGAAACGCAAGGCUUGUUUUUCCAUUCUGUCUACAAUUUUUCCAGUCCAACUGACCUUUAUGUAACUAUGAUCUAACUAAAGGCGCUGUGUUCUUGUUCCGUGCCGGAUCAGACUUUGCCUGAGAGCAUCAUCCGUAUAAAGCACCUGAAGGACUCAUUCAGCGGCUACAGCAUCACCAAUGGCGUGAUCCUCCGGUUCAUUGUCACUGCAAUGGAUGAUAAAUCCAACAAACUCCUUUUAGUUCCUGUUUUGACCGUUUUAUUUGUCAUGAUCGGCUAUCAGUACAUCUGUCCAGCUGGGAGCACGUCCUGUCGGUUUGGGAAUGGAGAGAGUUUUCCGUUCUCCAAAUAUCCCCGAGAGCCUCCGGAUCCGGACGAGGACGGUUCGUUUAGAUUCCAGUCCAAAUUCAACUUCACGCGCGAAGACCUCGAACGCCACGUGGAUUUCGACAUCAAGGGAAACGACGUGAUCGUGUUCCUCCACAUCCAAAAGACCGGAGGAACGACGUUCGGGAGACACCUGGUGCGGAACAUCCACCUGGAACGCCCGUGCGACUGCCACUCCGGCCAGAAGAAAUGCACGUGCCACCGUCCCGGGAAAGCGGAGUCGUGGCUCUUCUCGCGCUUCUCCACGGGCUGGAGUUGCGGUUUGCACGCGGACUGGACCGAGCUCACGACCUGUGUUCCUGCUGUGAUGAAUAAAAAGCAAAAGAAAGAUGCGCCAUUGAACAGGCGGAACUUCUACUACAUCACGCUGUUGCGGGACCCCGUGUCGCGUUACCUGAGCGAGUGGAAGCACGUGCAGCGCGGAGCAACGUGGAAGACGGCGCUUCACAUGUGCGACGGGCGUCCCGCCACCCCAGACGAGCUGCCGUCCUGCUACAGCAGCGAGGACUGGACCGGCGUGUCCCUCGAGGAGUUCAUGGUCUGCCCCUCAAACCUGGCCAACAACCGGCAGACUCGCAUGCUGGCCGAUCUCAGCCUGGUGGGCUGCUACAACCUGUCCUCCAUGAGCGAAGAACGGCGCGCCGAACUGCUCCUCAGCAGCGCCAAGCGCAACCUGCGGCGCAUGGCCUUUUUCGGCCUGACUGAGUUCCAGCGCAAAACGCAGUUCCUUUUCGAGAGGAUGUUCGGCUUGCACUUCAUCGCCGCCUUCACUCAGAUUAACGGUACCCGGGCGGCCGGGGUCACGGUGGGGACGUCCACCCGGAGGCGCAUAGAGGAGCUCAAUGCACUAGACGUGCAGCUGUACGAGUACGCCAGGGAGCUUUUCUCACGCCGCGUGCAGUACUGCCACCAUCAGGAGCGACAGGAGGAGAGGAAGAGGAAACGAGAGCAACGCAGGAGAAUUAAGCAACAGAAAACCUCACAGAUUCAGCAACAGGAGGACGACGAACGAAAGGAUGCAGAGGAGGAGAUGGAGUUAGCUGGGGUGACGGAGGACUACAGCAGUCAGGUGGUGAGGUGGUGAUGCCUUGCUCUCUGGUUAUGUUCAGAAUAACAUACUACUCUUAGCAUGUCUGCAGUAUAUAAUAUACUGCUUACCACUACAGUUCUCAAAGG